GCCAAAAUAGACAAAAAGAUAGAUACAAAUCCCCCAGCCAGCUCCAUGAAACAUCCUCAUUGUUCUAUCAUGAAUGAUUCAUAGUUUUUUUUAUUAUGACUUCAAAAUUAGAUUAUUUUUUUUGGUUGACAAAUCGCCUUUAUACACAAUUCUAUAAGCACAUAGUAUACAUAGUGUACAUUUACAUUGAAGCAUUUUGCGAACAAUUUCAUGCAAAGACAAACAAUACAGAUGAGGUGUAUAACCUUAAGUUUCCAGCAGUGCUGCUUGGGAAUCAAAAGGUCGUGUCUCACAUACCUACCAUAAGCACAGCAGGACUGGGAGCUCUGAUAUCUUGUGUGUUCCAGGUUGUUUUGCAGGAACUGCUCCUUCGCCACCCCAGCAAACCUCCAGAUGGGGAAGAGUCGCUGGAGGAACUCCGCUCUCAGCUGUUUGAGAGACAGAAAGCGUAUGCCAAGCACCAAUCAAUCAAGAUAAGAACCUGCCUAUCCAAGGGGAUAUGUCGUUUUGAGCUUCCAAUGGACUUGCAAGAGUUGGAGGUUCUCUCCCCAAAGACCUACCUCAGGAAAUACUGCUGCGUGUGUCAACGGAGGAGAAAUGCCUACCUGAAAGUCUUCACAAAGUUUGACAGCAAACAGAAAAUGGUCCUCUCUUUUAAGGACAUGGAACACGCGCUGAAGGACUUGUACUUGGGGAGCAUAGACUCGGAACAGUUCCAGAGGCUGAUGGAUUUAUGUGAUGUAAACAUACAAACAGAAAUUGACUGUGAACUCUUCUGUUCAAUCUGUGCCCUCUCUGAGAGAAUGCUAUAUGCUGACUUUGCAAUGGACGACAUGGAAGAGGCCGAAACCAGACAGAAAGAGCUGCUGGAGGAAGCGGACUUCUGCCGUCUGCUGGCAAAGCUCCAUGGUUAUAACAUCACGUCGGCACUGACCAGACUGCUCCUGGAGCUUUGACUUGGAACUGAUGCUGUUGGCUGUGUUUACCUCAGUUAUUCACAUGCUAAGCAAUGUCGACAAUAUAUUCCUACAUUUAAUCUAAUUCUUCCCGGGACGUGUGCUUAUGUCAAUAACACAUUUUUCGAUUCAGGACUAUAGUGUCAGUAUUAUUAAGCAUUUAAGAGAUGACGCAUCAAACAUUUCACG